UAAUAAGCAGUUACAGGGACACUGGUGAACACAUAACACAAGCAGUUGCAAACAUCAAAUAGAACUGUUCCUGUUCCAAGACAACAUUUUUUAAAGAAGUUGAAGGUCAUUUCAACAAGGACAAAAAUGGGGUUCACCAGUCCAAGUGAAAUGGAUGAGAUAUUCAAGGAAGAUUCUGAAAGAGCAAAGGAGCUCAAGGCUUUUGAUGAGACAAAACUUGGUGUGAAAGGACUUGUUGAUGCAGGCAUUACCCAAAUCCCUCGCAUAUUCCAUCAUCCACCUGAUAACUUCAAGAGAGCCUCAGAUCUGGGCCUUAAAGAUUAUGUUAUUCCUGUUAUAGACCUUUCAAGCAUUCAUGAAGACCCUAGCGAACGCAAAAAGGUUGUUGAGAGAGUGAGAGAAGCAGCAGGGACAUGGGGUUUCUUUCAGAUUGUGAAUCAUGGCAUCCCAAUGAGUACUAUGGAGGAGGUGUUAGAUGGGGUAAUAAAGUUUUUUGAGCAAGAUGAUGAGGUCAAGAAAGAAUUUUAUACUCGUGAUCAAAGUCCCUUUAUGUAUAGUAGCAAUUUUAAUUUAUAUACCAAAGCUCCAACUAGUUGGAAGGACUCUUUCUUCUGCAAUUUGGCCCCUAAUGCCCCUAAGCCAGAAGACUUGCCAUCUGUGUGCAGUGACAUACUGCUGGACUACUCAAGCCAAGUAAUGAAAUUGGGGACUUUAUUGUUUGAGUUAUUAUCAGAAGCUCUUGGUCUGAAUUCAACCUACUUAAGAGAUAUGUGUUGCAAUGUUGGAGUAUUUGCUUUUGGUCAUUACUAUCCUCCCUGUCCUGAACCAGAACUAACUUUGGGAACCAUAAAGCAUGCUGAUGUUAAUUUUAUCACAGUGCUUUUACAAGACCAUGUAGGUGGCCUCCAAGUUCUUCAUCAAGACACUUGGAUUGAUGUAGCACCUGUACCUGGAGCUCUAGUUAUUAACAUUGGCGAUUUUCUACAGCUUAUCUCAAAUGACAUAUUCAAGAGUGCUCAACACAGAGUACUUGCAAAUACUGUAGGUCCAAGAGUCUCUCUAUCAUGUUUUUUUAGCCAAGCCUUUCUUCCAACUUCAAGGAGUUAUGGUCCCAUCAAGGAACUUCUAUCUGAAGACAAUCCUGCAAAAUAUAGAGAAUUUUCAAUUCCAGAAUUUGCAGCUCAUUAUAGAACAAAAUGUAUGAAGGGUACUACUCCUCUACUACAUUUCAAGAUUUGACAAGCAUAAUGUGGUACAAGUGACUCUGACCUUGAUCCAUUGCCCUCGUUUUAGGAAGUACUUACCGAAAGGAAUGCAAUAUUUGGAACCUCCAUUGUGUAUUUCUUAAGGAAGAAUUAUUGAAAAAUGUGUGUGGAUGAAAUAAGUUUAUGCUUUUGUCAGUAAAGUAAGGAUCGUGGUUUGAUUUAUUUAUGUAAACUUGGCUUGAACUCAUUAUGGGAAGCUUUCAAAUGUAAUAUUGUGUUUUUUUAAUGCAGGAAUGCAUAGCUUUCGUUAAAUUUAUGCUUGUGUGUGAGGAUGUAUGAUUAAAGAGCUUAUAAUAAAAAUUAUUUUAAGUUA